AUACGUGCUGUUGGCGUAAGUGGUGCGGCGGGGGAGGAGAAAGAAAGAGGGAGAGAGAGAGCGAGAGGGAGAGAGAGGGAGAGAGAUCGAGAGAACAAGGAGGAGGGGGAAAAGGGGUUGUUAUUGCAUCUUCAGAGCUAAGCAUCACUGCUGAACAAUUAUGACACAGAAAUAUCAUAAAGACUGAACAUCGAAGAAAAUAAGCACUGCCAAAUUGCCUCAGAAUGGAUAUAUACUGACCAGAGUUUUUUUUUUUUUUUUAAAUCACAGGGAAAGGUUAAGUAGUCCCAUAUUGAUGAAUAGCGAAGAAAGAUGCAGUACAGCUAUAAGGAGUGAAACGAAAGCAGCGAUCUGGCAACAAUACAGAAUAUGGAUCAAAACAAAUUUAUACAGCUCAGAGGAAGCAGAGAAAGGGAAACAGACCUAAAAUGAUUUCCUGACAAAGCAACAGAGGAAUCAGCAGUAACGAUAAGACAACAAUUUGUGAAUUUGUACAAAAAGCGGCUGCUAGAUUGGAGAUACAAUGGAAAAUUUGAACAAGAUACAAUGGAGAAAUUAAUGUUUAUUUCAAGAGUACAGGGCAAGCUGAAGCUAUGGACAAACCACAAAGAAUCUGAUACAAAACAUGUUAUUCUGGCACAAGUGUGCCAGUGAUCUGUGAACUGAUUGUUCGGACCAUGCUCAUCAUUACUCGAAAGGAAGUAGAUGGGCAAUUGCCAAUAUUCAGAGACGAUGCCUGGACCAGGCAGUUAUGGCGUGUCUAACCCAGUGGACUCUACAAGCAUGUUUACGACCAGCAGAAUGCAUGCAACCCCAAUUCAGUUCUUCAACACUUCAGAAACAAACAAAAUCUUCUAUCUGACAAUUACAGAGGAAUCCAAGCUCACCAGUGUAUUUAUCAGCUCGAACUUUUUAAAAGGAGAUCGGUCGAACGAUGGACUACGGUGGGCAGCGCUACUAAUUUUACUAGUGAUCAUACCCACCAUUGGAGGCAAUAUUCUUGUUAUUUUAGCAGUUUCUCUCGAGAAGAAACUACAGAAUGCCACCAACUACUUCCUCAUGUCACUUGCAGUAGCGGACAUGUUGGUUGGACUUUUGGUGAUGCCUAUCGCUCUUCUAAACAUUCUGUUCAAUUCUGAGUGGCCGUUACCCUGCGAGAUAUGCCCCAUCUGGAUAUCCUUGGAUGUUCUUUUAUCCACAGCCUCAAUUAUGCAUCUUUGUGCAAUCUCUUUAGACCGUUACAUUGCUAUUAAAAAACCUAUUCAGCACAGUCGCUUCAACUCCAGGGCUAAAGUUCUCAUAAAGAUCACAAUAGUAUGGUUCAUCUCCAUCGGCAUUGCUAUUCCCAUCCCUAUCAAAGGCCUACAGGACGAAACAAAUACCUUUAUAAACAAAACUUGCUUACUUAAAAUUGACAUAUUUAAAGAUUUCAUGAUCUUUGGCUCAUUGACUGCAUUCUUCAUUCCUCUUGCCAUCAUGAUAGUUAUCUACUUCUUGACAAUUCAGGUGCUGAGAAAGAAAGCUUACCUGAUUAGGGCAAAACCACCUCAGCAGCUUAACUGGAAUACUGUCUCAACCGUUUUCCAGCAAGAUUUUACACCAAGCAAGUCUCCGGAGAAGGCUGCCAUGAUCAAUAGUUCACUAAAGAACAAGCCGUUUUCCUGCACACCCGAGAAUAUACCCAUCAGAAGACUCUCCAGUAUGGGUAAAAAGUCCAUGCAGAGCAUCAGCAACGAGCAACGAGCAUCUAAGGUUUUAGGAAUAGUUUUCUUCCUGUUUUUGGUGAUGUGGUGCCCAUUUUUUGUAACGAAUGUUACGUCUGCCAUCUGUACAAAUUGUGAUCAGAAACUCCUCGAAAACCUGAUGGAAGUUUUUGUUUGGGUGGGUUACAUCUCCUCAGGUGUCAAUCCACUUGUAUAUACUCUUUUCAACAAGACUUUUCGCAAGGCAUUCAGCCGGUAUAUUACAUGUGAAUAUAUAAGAAAAAAGGAUAUUAAAAUGCUUCGGAAGUAUUUCAGCCGGAUGUCAUUUCAAACAUCAAUGAAUGAAAACUCCAAACUAUUCAGUACAAAAAAUGGAAUCAAUCCAACUGAUGUUAGUCCCCUGCAGCUACGCUUGGGCCCUGUCCAAACCACAGUAAUGCUGGACACACUGUUACUCUCAGAUAAUGAGAUGGACAAAGCAGAAGAAGCAGUAAGCUAUGUAUAAAAUAGUAUUGACAUCCUGUAUAAAGUGGAAGCUAAUCAGUGUGCAGAUUCAACAUGUGCAACAUGCCAUGACCUAUUAAACUUUUCAAAAAGAUAUAUAUUUACAAUUUGUUAUCGUGAUCAGUGUGGUCAUUUUCUUAUAUUGUUACAAGGUUUACAGUACAUCAUUCCAGAUGUAACAUCAGAGUGAUUAUACAUACCCUCACUCUUUUGGUCAUUCCCCCUCCAAUCAAAUCCACUUGACAGAGAAAGUUACAUUUGAGAACCAUUAGGUUUACAAACUAUGUAACGACAAACACAUUUCAAUGUCUGAAUAAAGGCAGAAAACAAAGGCACAAAGAAAAAGGAAAUAUUAGGGAGCUUAAGGAAAGUUACAGCAGGAUCUUGAUUAGAUGGGCAAGUGGGCUAAGGGAUGGCUAUAAGAGUUAAAUGCAGAGAAGAUGCUGCAUUUUGGGAAGUCAAACAAGGGCAGGACGUUCAGUCAAUAUAUUGACUGGGGAGUGUUGUAGAGUAAAGGGAUCUAGGUGUAGAGGUACAUGGUUCCCCGAAAAAGGUCUUAUAGGUGGAAAAGGUGGUAAAGAAGGCUUUUGCUACAUUGACCUUCAUCAUCAGGAUAGUCAGUGCAAAAG